AUGUAUAUUCCAAAAAAGUACGAGGAGAAGUCUUGGGAAAAGCUGAAGCAGAUCAUCCAAGAAAACCCGCUUGCAACAGUCAUAACUACAGAUGCUGAUGGGAACUUGAUGGCAAACCACUUCCCGUUCUAUCUCAACGAAAAUGCUCAAACGGGAGAACGUUUUUUGCAAGCGCAUUUUGCCAAAAAGAACCCCCAAGCGCCCUCGUUGAAGGACAAUGAUAACGUUUUGGUGAUAUUCCAGUCUCUGAGCUCGUACAUUUCGCCUUCGUACUAUCCGGAGAAGAAGAGAACCGAGAAGUUUGUUCCCACGUGGGACUUUGCCACUGUUCACAUUUACGGAAAGCUGAAGGUGGUGGAUGACACAACUUUUGUGCGGGCACAAUUGGACAACUUUUCCGACCAAAUGGAGAAAGACAGACAAAGCCCGUGGAAAGUCUCAGAUGCCCAUCCGCCUUACGUGGCUGCUUUGCAAAAGGCUAUUUUCGGCUUGGAAAUCUCCAUUGAAAGAAUAGAGACAAAGUUCAAGUUUGAGCAGGAAAUGACCUCGGAAAAUGUCGAUGGCGUGAUACAUGGCCUUGCAGAGGAUGGGAAAAACGAAGUCUCCCACAUGGUUUGUGAAGCUAAUGGCAGAGAAACCCUCACUUGUCCACAUGCUAAAACUAAAGCAGAGUCUUCGUGCUCCUUAGCAUGA